GUCACUUUGUUGACAGUUUGAUCGGUUGUAGAUUUUCUGAUACGAGAGUGAAAGCCGGUUCGAGCCGAGAUAUUUCCUGUCGUAUCCAUGUUGGCUCCAGGGCUACUCUUCUGCCUAGCAUAUUCGUUGCUAUGGGGCUGGGUAACAUCAGCAUCUUCUUUCAAGAGGGUAUGCUAUUUCACAAACUGGUCCGGAGACCUUCUCACCCCGGAGGCCCAUUUCAACCUGGAGGACAUUGACGCUAGACUGUGUUCACAUCUCAUUUAUGCAUUCGCUAAAAUCAACACAGAAUCCCUUGACCUUCUUCCUACGAGGCUCGACGACGGAGGGGAAAAUGGAGCAGUGGGACGUUAUAUACUGUUUAAUAACUUGAAGAAAGACCAUCCUGGCCUGGUCACUUUGCUGUCAGUCGGGGGUUCCUUGCAGGCCAAUACAGGAUUCGUUAAAGUUGUUGAGACAAUGGAAAGCAGGCGGAAGUUUGCGAAUAAUUGUGUGGCGUUUCUGAGACUAUGGGGCUUCGAUGGGCUGGACGUCGACUGGGAGUACCCUGGAGAUCCCUUCGAAACUAGAACUAAUUUUACAAUGCUGUUAUUGGAACUCCGGACUGUCUUCGAAAAAGAGGCAGAGGUGACAGGCAGAAAGAGGUUGCUGCUGUCAAUGGCCGCCCCUGCCAGCGAGGUCCUAAUUUCUGAUGGUUAUGAGGUUGACAAGGUUUCGAGACUUGUUGACUUCAUCAACAUAAUGGCGUAUGACUUCCAUGGUGCCUGGAACGACUUCUGUGGCUUCAACGCCCCGCUCUACUCACGGAAAGAGGACUUGCAGUUCUAUCCCGACCUUAAUGUGGAAUGGGCUGUUGACACCUGGAUCAAACGAGGAGCCCCGCCUGAGAAGAUAGUUGUUGGAAUAGCCGGCUAUGGAGCUUCGUAUACACUGGCCGAAGCGUCGAGUCAUGGUGUCGGAGCCGAGGUGUUGGGACCGGGAAAACCAGGCCACUACAGAAUGAUGGAGGGGCAGCUGGCGUUCUAUGAGGUGUGUGAGAUGCUCGAUAAGGGAGAAGCUAGCUACGCCUGGGACGACAUUCAGAAAGUGCCAUACGUCUACAACAACGACACCUGGGUCGGAUAUGAUGACGAGAAAAGUGUUGCCGUCAAGACCGAAUGGAUGAUUCAGAAGAACGUGGGCGGCGUGAUGCUGUGGUCCCUUGACUUGGAUGACUUCAAAGGAACUUUUUGCAAAAAGGGAAAAUUUCCACUACUUAGGUCAAUUGUAAAAACAGUUGCUAGAUACUUUGAUGACAACACUGUCCCGCCGACAGCACCAACGCCCCCUACAACGACCUCAACUUCAACGACGACGACAACACCUACCCCUGCUACUACCACUACGGCAACAACGACACCAACGACGACGACAACACCUACCCCUGCUACUACCACUACGGCAACAACCACACUAACGACGACGACAACACCUACCCCUGCUACUACCACUACGGCAACAACCACUCCAACGCAAACGACAACGGUUGCCAAGACCACCUCAACACGCGGCAACAAUGUCCUCACAACAACACGACGACCUCACACCUCCACUGACAGGUCGGACGUCAACGAUCUUCCCAAACGGGUACGCACAGAUUCAGGCACAGAUUCAGGCACAGAUUCAGGCACAGAUUCAGGCACAGAUUCAGGCGUCAACAACAACCAUGACGACAGUUACGACAGUGGCGAAAGCGACAACAUCGUUAUAGAUAAUAGGAGUAAAGGGGAGGAGGGUGAUACAGGAGGGGAGGAGGGUGAUACAGGAGGGGAGGAGGGUGAUACAGGAGGGGAGAAGGGUGAUACAGGAGGGAAUCGUAUUGGAGAUGUUGUUGAAAACGAAGCACCUAGUGGCCACGUGGCUGCGAAGAAGACUAUGGCGAUAACUGCAGGGAGUGGUAGCAUUAGUGACUGUAUUUGGUAUAGAUUUGCUUUUUUCAUUACAGUUUUCUUUAAAAUUGUAUGGUAAAGGUAACAGUGGUAUAUUUUCAAAUAAAAUAUUUUGUAUGGAAA